CUCGUUAGUCGUCUUGUUGACAUUCUACAAUUUUAUUUUUGAUAUAUUUGUAUUCUCACUCUGUUUGGCAAUAACUGUCCAUUACACAAUUAUAAUAUCAGACUUGAUGAAAUUUGGACACGGCGGUAACGAAACAAUUGAAGGUGACGAAAUGUUUGAGGAAUUGAAAACAAUAAUUUCAUAUAGCCAAAAAGUGCAUUUGCAUAUGAGAGAAUUCUGUUCCAUAGUUCGUUUCAGUGCGUUACUACAUGUUGGUUGUUAUUCUGGCUCACUUAUAACAAUUUCUUACAACAUUGCAUUGCUAUUUUUAACUUACCCUAGUAAUUGCAUUGGCCUGUUGCAAUUCAUUGCGUCAUACAUCUGCAUCGCUGUACAGUUAUUUAAUUACCUAUACUUUCCGGACCUUAUGAACGAGGCGAGAGAUGGUUUAAACUUUGGAUUAUACAGUUGUAACUGGACGGCAAUGGACAUUCGAUUUAGAAAAUUAUUGCUGUUAGCGAUGGCGAUGAACAAUGCAAAUCAGUUGAAAAUUAGAGCUACACCUACAAAAGUAAUCGAUUUGAAAUUGUUUUUGAGUGUUUUACAAACAUCAUAUUCAAUAGCAAAUAUUAUGAUGAAGUUAUCGAAUACCGAUGAUAAUUAACAAUUAAAAAUCGAUGAUCGGCUGAUAGAAACAAAU